GCGCAUGUUUGUGAAACUGACAUCCACACACCAAAAUAAAAUGGCGACGUCCCUGGGGUUGGACGCGAUCAGCCGCAAGCUGAACAAGCUCGAAGCCAGGCUCCGAGAAGAAAACGAGUCGAGAAAAAAGGAUGACAACCUCCUGUUAGAUCUCAACAACACCACGGGAAGCUCCAGCCCUAGGCAACAACAAAGACCCAGUAAACCAGGAAGUCUACUAAUUCCGAGAGGAACAGCUAAUGGCACCGCGAGACCGUCGCCGAGCUCCGGAAGUCCCCGCAGAAGUAGAAGAGACCAUCUCGAGUUUCCUGGCAUUCAAGUAACACCUGCGCCAAGAAGUAUAGACAGUAUUGAAGUGGAGAAGAAGUUACAAGAAAUCAUGACGUUAACAGGAAUCCUAACGCUGAAUCAAAAGAGAUAUGCAGCUGAGGUGGCUGACCUAGAAGAGCACGGUGAGAUCGGUAGUGGUACCUGUGGACAGGUGUGGCAGAUGAGCUUCAAGAAGACUGGGGACAAGAUGGCUGUCAAGCAAAUGCGGAGAUCAGGAAACAAGGAAGAAAACAAGAGAAUUUUGAUGGACUUGGACGUGAUUCUGAAAAGCCACGACUGCCCCUUUAUUGUACAGUGCUUUGGCGCGUUCAUCACCAAGGUAAAUAUGGAUGUGUGGAUCUGUAUGGAGCUGAUGAACACAUGUAUGGAGAAGCUGAUGAAGAGAUUACAGUCGCCGAUCCCGGAGCAGAUCUUGGGCAAGAUGGGCGUGUCCGUCGUCAAGGCACUGCACUAUCUGAAGGAGAAACAUGGAGUCAUUCACAGAGAUGUUAAGCCCUCUAACAUCCUAAUGGACGAGACAGGGAUAUUUAAACUGUGUGACUUCGGUAUCAGCGGGAGACUGGUCGACUCCAAGGCCAAGACGAGAAGCGCUGGCUGCGCUGCGUACAUGGCGCCGGAGCGGAUAGACCCUCCCGACCCCAUGAGGCCAGACUACGACAUACGAGCAGAUGUUUGGAGCCUGGGCAUCUCAUUGGUUGAGCUGGCUAUGGGGUCAUUUCCUUACAAGAACUGUAAAACAGAUUUCGAGGUCCUGACAAGGGUUUUACAGGACGACCCUCCCCUCCUACCCCCCAAACAGGGCUUCUCACUCGACUUCUGUUCGUUUGUCCAAAACUGCUUGACCAAAGACUUCAAGAAGAGACCAAAAUAUAGGCAACUCUUGGAGCAUGGCUUCAUCAAAAGGUACGAGACCAAGGACGUGGACGUCGCCGGGUGGUUCACAGACGUCAUGGCAACCACGACGAGUCCGAGGCCCGACGCGAAAACCCCCACCAACUGACACGAGGCUUCACCGAUUGGUUCUGACGGCCACCACGGUUUGGGGGUACCGUCAACGCUCAUUAUUGCAGCCGUUGAUACGUGGGUCCCCAUUUUUCCCUCAGUGGACUAGCCCAAGAUUCAGCCCUAUGUUGCUGUGGACCACUGAACUAGAAAAAGAGGGGAGGUCAGGAUGACUUGAACAUAAAUGUUCCCACUUUUAACUACUGCAAUGUAAGAUGAGUUCUUGCAAAACGGGCACAUUUAAUCGUCUUUCCGAGGGGUCUGUCAUUCCGUUCCUCUUGGUAAUUGCAAGGCCUGAAGUCACAAUUGGAAAGACAGAUGAAGAAGAAAUAUUUUAAGACAAUUGAUGCCUCAUUAAACUUAAGGAAUGACAUGUCUUACCAACAAUUCCAAGUGUCUAGUUCAGUAUCAAUGAAAGAAAGUGCUAAGAAGGCACUCUUCGAGACAGUUCAACAUUUUUAUGUGUCUUACACUGAGAACACUUUUCAAGAAACCACAUCUAAACGUGACAAUGAUUACCGAAGAAUGUAAACAGCAAUGGAUUUUUUUACUGGCUGUCUUCAUGGCUAUGUAUUAAAGUUUAUUCAUUGCAAUAUCAUUUUUAUGUCAACCUUGAGACAUAAACUGACAGUUUCAUAAUUUUAUUCAAAUGAAAGAUUGAGUCAUAAUGGUGACUAUUGCCUUUGCUUGAAAAGGAUGAUAGUGCAAAAUCAAUGCUAUUCCUUCAAAGCAGUUUUAUGAAGCUCAUUUUCAUCUGGCUUGUUGGUUUUUAAAUUGCUUGUGCUACAACUUAAUUAUUUCUGCGAAGCCAGAACUAGAAGAAAAUGUGGCUUGCUAUGAGAAGAAAAAAAUCUUGGAUAUUGGAAUUUGUCUUUUGCUCAACCACUUCUGUCUCUCGUCUGUUUACACUUUGAUCUCUAUCAGAUAUCUUCUUCAGAGCUUCUAACUGGCUUUUGAAAGAUAACACCAAUGAUGAACAGGGAGAAGGGGGGGAUACAAGCUUAGCCACAUUUGGGAUUGUGCAAAAGCGCCACCUACAUCAGCUACUUAAAGCAGCAAGAAGCAGCACUCCAGUUAGAAGCUAUGAGGAAGAUAUCUAAUAGACAUUGAAGUGUAAACAGUUUAGAGACAUAACUGGUGUGUAAAAGAAAACCCCUUUAUUCUAUGUUCUGCCAACCUGAUGAAAUUAUUUUCUGAAAUAUUUUUUUUUUCUUCCAUGACAGUUAAGUAGCCCCAAUAUUCAUCUUAUCUUUACACCCAUCAGUUGGUGCAGGAUUACAUGAUUUUUUUUUUUCUGAUACUUGCCUUUUCUUUCCAAUUGAGCCAUGUAUUUUUCAAAACUGAAAAUUGUGAAUGACGUUUUCUAGUUGCUAAUAAUUUGAGGAAAGAGAUUUGAGGUGUCUUGAAAAAGUCCUGAAGGGUAGAUGUGAAUGAUUAAAAGACAGAAGGUAUGAGAGGGGUAUUUGAAGAAAUGUAAGUGUGUUGUAGGCUAUAAGUAGAUGAUGUUAUAGGUGUCAUUUUUCCCCAAAAUGUCCUCCUGUACACAAUCAACUUAUUGCCGAUGAAGGAUUUUGGAAAGUGGCAAGCUAAGGUUUUGAAAAAAAGGAUUUAGAGACAGUGGCAAAUCAUGUCCCAAUGAUUCGGAAAAUGCUGUAGAGGGAAAAGAGGAUGUGUGAGGAAAGUUUUGAAGAAAGUGUACCAAAAAGAAAUGGACAAAAAUACUCACAAAACUAAUAAGGUUAACCUGUGUUGACAAAUUACAUAAUGAGAAAAGUAAAUUGUUUUCUGACUCAAGGAAUUUUCACCUGAAACUCUUCAGUUGGCUAUCUGACUCGAGUGCUGAAGAUACAUGACAGAUGACGUCACACUUUCGAAAAAGAAGAAGUCUUGAUUCGCUUGGAAAUUUCCGGCGAGUGAAAUUUCUUCAAUUGGAGAACAGCUUUCCUCAUACUUAACAAUAUAUUCUUGUUGUUUUUUUACAUCAGAAGUUGGCAUGUUACAUUCUUGUACCCGACACUAUUUCCUCAGAAAAAGCAAUGAACCAAUGUGUAUCUCCCAAGCGGGGCCAAAACUGUUCAUGAAAUUGUCUGUAUUAUAUUUCGGCAAUGAUUUAGCUCUUGUUUGUAUAACACUUGAUAGUAAAUUUAAAGAAAAUAUGUAUUAUGAAACAAAAUAUUUUGAAUUUUAAAUCCAGCUGGCUUGGGUUUUAUUAACGGUUUUUAAUUUAUGAUAGAGUUGGUUGCUUUCCCCUGUUUAAUUAUUUGCUAGGGUUUUUGAGUUGAUUUUUUGGCGAUGCUCCCAGGGAGCGAGCCUUACAUUUUGCCCAUUUCUUGGCAUGCUUUAUUGACUUGGUAAUUUAUCCUUGUCAAAUAUUAUCUCUUACUUAGCAUUGUACAAUCUUUAACAUGACUUUCAAGUUGUAGCCCUUUUAUUUAUGUCAUAUUUUAUUGAUUUACCUAAGUAUAACACAACCUCUUUGCAACAUUGAAGUUUUAUUGUUUUGACUGGAAAACAGAUGUUUGAAGAAAAAAACAGUAGAUCAAAGGCAAAAACUUGUCAGAAAGAGACAAAAGUUAAGACUAUUUUCCAUAUUCUUUUAAGGUUGAUAAUGGUCUUGUAUAUUGUCAAUUUUACAUUUUACAUUGCAGAUUUCUUCUAUGGUUAAGAAGAUGCAAUACAGAUACACAUACAAUGUACAUGUAUAGUUCCACUUGACAUUUGUCUUUGCUAUAUGUCCGUCACACCAUUUGUUAUGAACAAUUUUACAUGUAUUUAGUACAAGAAAAAAAUGUCAAUUUUUUUGUACUGAUGAAAACACCCAACAGCCUUUAGUAAAAUUGUUAAUUCCCUUUAUAUACCAGGCUGUCUAUCUGAACUGUCACUCAAAAUAACAAUCGUUUUAACUUGUUUGUAUUAGCUCAGUUUCUCCUUGUUGUAACAAACACUAAGGCUUCUGACAGUGUUGUCAAAAGAGCCACCUAGCAACAUUUUUGUGAAUUGCACCUAUAUAAUG